AUGGGAUGGAACGAACGAACGCGCAGGGCGCCCCCGCCGCAGCCGCAACAAAACGGAAACUGGAAGGACACGCUCGCGUUGCCGCCUCGAGAUGAGCGGUAUCGCACGGAGGAUGUCACGGCGACGAAAGGAAAUGAGUUUGAGGAUUAUUUUCUCAAGAGAGAGCUCCUGAUGGGGAUCUUUGAAAAGGGUUUUGAGAGACCUUCGCCGAUUCAGGAGGAGUCGAUUCCCAUCGCGCUCACGGGACGAGACAUUUUGGCUCGGGCAAAGAAUGGGACGGGGAAGACGGCGGCGUUUACUAUUCCCAUCCUCGAGAAGGUUGAUACCAGUAAGAAUAUCAUUCAAGCGGUCAUCUUGGUGCCGACGCGCGAGUUGGCGCUGCAAACGAGUCAAGUCGCAAAGGAACUCGGAAAGCAUUUGGGGGUCGCCGUCAUGGUUACCACAGGAGGUACUUCUUUGAAGGAUGAUAUCAUGCGUUUGCACCAGCCGGUGCACAUCGUCGUCGCGACCCCUGGUCGUCUCGUCGAUUUGGCGAGUAAGAGCGUGGCUAAAUUGGGCCAAGCUACGAUGCUCGCCAUGGAUGAGGCCGAUAAGCUCCUUUCACCCGAAUUCCAACCCGUCAUCGCCCAAGUGAUCAACUUCAUGGCGAAGAACCGACAAAUAUUGUUGUACUCCGCCACUUUCCCGGUCACGGUGAAGGACUUCAAGGACAAGUAUUUGCGUAAGCCUUACGUUAUCAAUCUCAUGGAAGAGCUCACGCUGAAGGGUAUCACCCAAUACUACGCCUUCGUCGAAGAAAAGCAAAAGGUGCACUGCUUGAACACCCUCUUCAGCAAACUUCAAAUCAACCAAUCCAUCAUUUUCUGUAACAGCGUCACUCGCGUAGAGUUGCUCGCUAGGAAAAUCACCGAACUUGGAUAUUCUUGCUUCUACAUUCACGCCAAGAUGAUUCAGGCGCACCGCAACCGCGUCUUCCACGACUUCCGCAACGGCGCUUGCCGCAACUUGGUGUCGUCGGAUCUCUUCACUCGCGGUAUCGAUAUUCAAUCCGUCAACGUCGUCAUCAACUUCGACUUCCCGAAGAAUUCUGAGACGUACUUGCACAGAGUCGGUCGAUCCGGCCGUUUCGGUCACCUGGGCAUCGCCGUGAAUCUUAUUACUUACGACGAUCGCAUGAAUUUGUUCCGCAUCGAACAAGAACUCGGAACGGAGAUUCAACAAAUCCCUUCCCAGAUCGAUCCAUCAAAAUACUGCCGAUAAUUUCAUAACACGACGAAUCAUUCGUGCAAAUGAUUAGGCAGAUAACAACUGCUUCGAUAGGUUAGCUUAAUAAUGGUGAGUGGCGAAUGAUGAACGCUCGCGCGAGGGCGCGGCGUCUUAUCGUACGUGGGUUUCCUUCUGGGACGACACAGUUUUUUAUGGUGCGUUCCAUCUCACGAAGGAAACCGACGUUGUAGCAUAAACGCAAAGUGGCGAUGGAGAACCAGACGGGUUUGUUCUCGGAAAUACACAAAAUACCUCGCGUCGCGUCUCGCGCGUGGGGGCACAAAACGAAAAAGACGGCGCUGUCUCGCUCUGAGACUGCGCCGGCACGAAUGGAUUGAACCAUCUCUGUGUCUCAUCGAGACGUCGCGGAGUCAAUCCAAACAAGCGAAGAUAUUUUCUCGCUCCAUGAUACGCCAAGGAUAAUUACUUGGCGACGUUCGUCGACGAGCGCCUCGCGUUCGUCGCGCACUCAAGAUGCGCCGCCCCCGUGGCGUCGUACCCACUUUCACGCCUCUUCGUCUGUACGGACAUCUUUCUGAGGUUACAUGGCAGCCUUUGGCUUAGCCUUUACAUACAUACACAGCUAGUGCGCACUCGAAUAGACGCGAAUAACAUCGCGGAAUGAUUUGUAAGCGACGUUAUAUACU